AUGUGCUACCAAAUUUCCAACUUUCAAUGCCGACACAUCUCUCGUGUCCGGAUUCCUUGCCGAAAGUUCAAAGAACGCCGUGAGGCAUGUCUCCGACCUCUUCUUGACUGGCUUUGGCCUGUCAAACCUUGCAACGAGACAGCUCAAGGUCGGACAUCGAGAGGUCAAGCAACCUUGCACGGCGCCCAUCGAAUCACGAACUUGAAUAAACUCUACCGGAUGAAUGAACCAAAGAGUUUAGCCCAGACUCACUUCCGCAACACGGCAUUGGCCAUUGCCAAAGAAGCAAAGACUCGCACUGACAUGCGUAUUUCACAGGUCACAGGAGGUCGGCCUCAGUAUGUUGCGCAGCACUCUGGAGUGCUUCGCAGAUCCAUCGAGGUGCCACUCUGCCAUGCAGAUGAUGGCGAGCCUCGAGUCAAAGAGUAG